UUUUAUUUUCUUUGUGUGUUACAUAAGAUGCGCAAUUUCUCUUUUUAAUUCUUCAUUCGCAACUGUAUAAAUGGUUCGUUCAAGUGUACACACCCAGACAAAAGUUUAAUAAGCGAUAUGAGAGUUACUUGUUACUUCAUAGAGGCGGAUCCGAAAUCAGUAGCGGCUCGUAAUUUUAUACGCCCCGUGUUUUACGGUUUCUAACCUCUAAUCAUAAAAUAAUUUCUUUCGUUUUUUUUCUAUUCAUCGAAUUAUAUUCCAUCGGCCUGUCUAUUCCUAUUAUCUAGAAUUUCCUUCCGAUUUUCGAUAUGGAUGUGAUUCACAUAUAAGAAAUACACCAUUCUCCGAAGUCAUGAAAGCGUAUUAUGUUUCGCGGACAGUAGUGGUGUACAGUCGUUUAAAUUUUCCAUUUAUGUGGCACAGAACCGCACACACAUUAAAGCACAAAUACGUAAAUGUCAGUCAUACGGGUAAGCAGAUCGGUGUAGGUAUGUGACCGGGUGCAAUCAAACAAUUUGAAAUAAGGAGACGAAAAGUUGCCGCACCAGUUGUUGCAAUUCGAAAUUACUAUUAGUACAUGUACUUACAAUGGAGGGCCACCAGGUAAGAGCAUUAUAUGACUUCACUGGAGAGCCAGGAACAGCAGAGUUGUCUAUCACAGCAGGAGAAAUGUUGACUGUUAUGAGGGAUAAUGUGGGUGAUGGAUGGUGUGAAGGUUUUAAUCAAAGUGGAAAGUCCGGAUUGUUUCCAGCGGCAUAUGUUCAAAUUGUUGACACUUCAGCAUCUGCUCCAAAUGCAAUGACAUCAUCCCAACAAAGUUCAGGGGAUUAUUGGGAUGAUGAAUGGGAUGACGAUUCAGAAGUUGGACAAACGCAAGCGUAUGUUCCUCAGCAGCAACAACAACAUAUGAUGCAAUUACAACAGCACAAUAGUGUUGAUUAUGGAGAUUCAGUUUCUAUGCAAACUAUUCAUUCUGUGAUACCUGAAAGGCCUAUACCCAACAUACCAAAGAAAAAUAAUAAAUUUUCUACAUUAAUAAAGUCUGGAGAAGAUAGUUAUUUAUUAGGGAUGAGAGUAGCAAAUGUUCCUGAAAAUGAGAAAAUAUAUAUUGAAGAAAUUGAAGGUGGACGUUUUAGGUGGAGUUCAAGAGGGGAAUCCUAUAACUGUGUAGUUACAUCUCCUAAGAAAGAAUCUAAACUGAAGGGUCUUAAAAGUUUCAUAGUUUAUCAACUUACACCAACGUUCAACAAUAUUCAAGUUUCAAGAAGAUACAAACAUUUUGAUUGGCUACACGAACGUUUGGAAGAAAAAUAUUGUUUUAUUCCCAUUCCACCAUUGCCAGAUAAACAAAUAUCAGGGAGAUAUGAAGAACAAUUUAUCGAACAUCGACGCACACAAUUACAAGAAUUCGUUGAUUACGUUUGUAGGCAUCCUGUACUGGCGCGUAGUCGCGUAUGGGAACAUUUUAUAACUUGUACAGAUGAGAAAAGGUGGAAGGCUGGCAAGAGACAGGCUGAGAAAGAUGAAUUAUUAGGCGUAAAUUACUUUAAUGCUGUGCAAUGUCCUGAAACAACUUUGGAUGUUAUAAAAGUGGAAAUUCAAACGGAUGCUUUCAGUAGAUUUAUAAGCGGAUUGGAUCCGGUUGUUAAAAAUUUUAUGGCUAUGGCUGUUGAUCAAACAAAAAAAAGCCUUCUUUAUAAGAGAGAAUUUCAAAAAAUUGGUCAAAGUUUUAGUGCAUUAAGUCAUGCUUUAGAAGGCGACGAUAGUAGUCGAGGAAGAUUAACCUACGCGUUAAAAAUAACGGGAGAUGCUUAUAACGAUAUCGGCAAGUUAUACGAAGAACAGCCUAAGUUUGAUUGGGAACCUUUGUCUGAUAAAUUUCAUAUUUAUAGAGGAAUCAUCAGUAGUUUCCCAGAUGUAAUUAGCAUACACAAGACUGCUGUACAAAAACGUAAAGAUUACGAAAGGUUAGUAAGUGAACAUAAAAUGGAGCCGCAACAAUUGCGAGAUUUAUCUCAUCGAACCGACGUAAUAGCACGAGCUCUUCUCGCCGAAGAAACGCAUUUUCAAACAGAACAAGAAAUACAUUUAACUCAAGCAAUGAAAACGCAUCUCGCGGAGCAAAUUAAGUUUUAUCAAAAAAUUGUAGAUAAAUUACGGGAAGCGUUAAAUGCAUACGAAGGCUAAAAUAUGUGUAUUUAAUAUAAUGUAAGGUUGCUUCGUUUAUAAUAUCAUUUGGUAUAAUACAUAAUAUUAAAAGUGUUCAUUUAGUUCAAAAUGUAUGAACUAUAUGAAAUUCCAAACACUUUAUUUUCAAUUAUUGAUAAGCGUUGAAAAGUUAUACAAAUUACACAUAAGGGGCCAACAGUUUAUUUUCAGAUGUUACUACCAAAAACUUAACAUAUAUAGGAAUGUGCAAGUAUAUUUUCUAUUUAUAGUAUUUUUUCACACUUAUUUCAGUUGUAUAACUAAAUUGAUUGAAAUAACCAAUCAAACAGAAAUCAUAUUAAUCGACAUUAAAGUAGAAAUAAAAUGCGAUUUCCAGGAAGAAAGAAGCAUCAACUAAACGGUAUUAUUAACGAUGCCUAGUAAUAUAUUGAAUGUCAAUAUUAAUGUUAAUCUCUUGUGGCUGCUACUUCGGAAAUUUAUAGAAUCAUUCAUUGUGUAAUUUAUUAUUGUUUACGUAUUUCAACUAUGAAUAUUAAUUUAAUUUUCAAUUUUUUUACUAAGUACAGUUAUAUAGUUAUAUAUAUAUAUAUCAUUUGUAUAUUUCAUUACAUAGUAUUAACAACUACUUGGAAUUUAAGCCAAACUUUAAACAUAUUAUAUUGAAAUCACUGUGUAGUAGGAACGUUAUAGCAAACUACAGUCUAACACAAAAGUUUACAUUACAUUUUAUAAUAAAUGUAAAGUUUAUUAUUUUUUAUCACCACAAUUAACAAAUAUUAAUAUUAUUUGUUAAUUAUAUAAUUGUAUAUUACUGUAUAAUAAAUAAACUUUACAAACACAUUGCCAUGAAUUUAAGGAAUAGUACAGAUUUAUACUAUUAUAAAUAAAAAUUAAGUAAGAUGUAAGUAGUUAUAAAAAGAUCAAUUUAUAUGGUGUAAUGUAAACUUUUUUUGUCAAGUUAUUGAAUGCAUUUAUUUAUUACUCUAUUCUUGUACUCGAACUAAUUAAUUUUUUCAUAUUCCAUAAAAAAAACAUCGUUUUACAUGAUUCAUGGAUUAUCAGUCCAUAACUUUGUAUUUCAUAAAGGCAGCCACUAUAUGUCGAUAAAUCACUAAUAUAAAAUGUAAUAAUCAUGUAAAAUUCUUACUUUGUCUAUAUAAUAUGCAAACUGAAACUGCUACACAUUUAUCAAUUAACAAAUUAUAAAAUAAAGCAUAUCAUUGUUAAUGUAUUUAAAAUAAUUUGUAUAAAAAAAUAGCCUAAUUUUAAACACAAACACACGCAAUUCUGUAAAUGUUAUUAUAGGGUUAUUAUUAUUGUUAUCAUUUGCAUCGUCCAUAUUUUUAUUAUAUUUGCAUUCGUUUUCAUAUCCGAAAGGAAAACUUUCAUUAAAUGUGCAUUAAAUUAAAGUGCGAUUAAUUUACUUAUUUUGUAGUUUAUAAGCGUUCCGAUAUUUCUGUUUUAUUUUUAAUUAACAAUCUUACAACUCAGGAUGACUAUAGAAAAGAAUGAUUACAUUAAUGCGAUACUCAAACAAGCUAAGACAGCUAAAUAUAUAUAUAUAUAUUAGUAUGUGUAUAUAUAUACAUAUUUUUUUAUUCAUCAACAUUCCAUGAAAUAGUAGUAUCGAACAUCCGUUUUGUAGCACCACAAUUAAGAAAUUAAAAAAGAUCUUAUUAAUUUCGAAAUACUUGAUAUCCGCUUUCUAUAGUCCUCGAACUUACAAACCAGUUUUCUCUAUUUUUGAACGAAAAAAAUUAGUCUGUCUGAUGAAGCAAUAAUUAUUAAAAAUUUAAUCGAUCUUAUUUUCGAAAAUAUCAGCUAUUCGAAUAUAAUAUGUAAUUUACAAAAAUUUGAUAUUUUACAUGCCUCAAAAAAAUUAGCGAUUUCAACAGCUCUUUUUGGAUGUGUGGAAUACAUUGGCACUGUAAAUUGGUUUGAUAGAUUCUGAUUUGCUAAAAUUUUCUGCGUAGAGUUGAUAAAUUUGUGUCAUUAAAUUUUUUUCUAACGAUUCUGAUCCUCUGUAUCAAGUACAAUUAACAAUGAAACGUCUGGUAAUAAUCAUUCUCACAUGCACAAAUUGUAAGCAUAACAAUUGCAAGGCUUGUGCAAUGAGAAAAAGUUACAAUAGGAAGAAGUUAUUCUUGUAAUCGGUCGGUAAAUAUAGGAGCUCAAUUACGCUUAAUUUAUAGGCAACAGUUAAAACAUUUUAGACAACAGUGCAUUCUCCCUCCCUCUCGCUCUCUUUCUUUCUUUCACUCUCUUCCUCGUUCGCUCCAUACACACUCUUAUCAGUCUGAUGUUAUUUUUUUUCUCAUCGAAUAAAACUGCAGUAACAAGUUGUUUUCAUUGCUAUUUAAAAUCAGCUUAUUUUUAUAAUCACAUUUUGCAAUAUUCCUGCCGAUAUGUUUAUUCAUGUGGCACGGUUUUAUCGUUUUCUUCUCUUUUUUUAUAAUUCGUUUCUAAAUACAAGCUAAGCUCCUUUUCUUUUAUUUCCUUCUAGAAUUUUUAAGUUACAAGCUCAUAUACACAAUAUAUUUAGCGUAAAAAAAUGCUUAUUAACGAACCUUUCUUAUUAGAUGACACGAUGCUGGUUAUAAAAAAAUUAUAAUAAAAUUACAUAAUUCUAUUAAAUAUCUGAAUUCAAAUAUUUUUUUGUGAGAUAUAAUGCAAAUAAAUAUUUAGAUUAGGAUAUAGAAAUAGAAAUCUAUUUUCUAAAUAAAAGAUAAAUGAUAUUUGAUUCUAAUCAUCGAGUAACAUAUUUUUGAAUUUAUUUAUCUGACAUUCCAUCAUCGUGUCAUCCAAGGCACUUUAGAAUGGUGCGUUAUUUUUUGCGCAAUGAAAGACCUGUUUAUCAAUUGAAAUUUUUGAUACUACAAUGUUUCGACAAGAAACAAAAUGAUGAUCAUUGUAUGUAUCUUAACUUCCAUCAUAUACGUCAUGUUCUAAAUCAAUUUAUAUGUAGUUUGUUUAAUUUUAUUAGAACAAUGUCUAUCUUAUAAUUAAUAUAAUUAUUAUCGAUUUCAAAAUUAUUAUGUAGCGUUAACACGAAUCCCUUUUUUAUAUAGUUAUGAAUUAUACGAAUAGUGCCCGGUACACGGACGGAUGUCUAAUAUGAGAGUUCAGAGUGAUUAUUAUAUUUAUUGUUUAAAGAUAAAGAGAUAGCAAUUUAUGACAAAAGGAGUGCCCGCUCGAUAAACAGCAAUAAUUUUCUCUAUCAUAGUAUGUAUGUAACAUAUAUGAUCCUUUUAGAUUUCAUUGAGUACAAUUUAGAUUUAUUUCAAAAGGACACUGAAAAAACAUUGAAUUUUGUCGAUACAAUUUUCCGCAUAUUAAUACAUAAUGUAUUUUUCUCAUCUAUAUAAUAAAACGUGGAAUUUGAUCAUCAUCAUCGUGAAAAAUUAAUAUUUGAUACAUUUCCAAUUGAGAGAAAUUUUAUAUCCUAUUUCAAUGAAAAUUCUCAAUAUUUAUUAGUAUCAAUAUUUUUAUAUCGAUAUACCAUUGAGUAAGAGACCACAGUAGCAUCAUUAUCACAAGAUUACGGUAUAUACGGUAUUGCACUUAUCUGCAAUUAUUUGUAAAAAAAUAAAGAAAUACCACCAAAUACUAAAAGUAUCUCAGAACAUUUCGUUGAAGUACCUGUUGUAAUUCAAAUACUGAGUACUGUAUAUGAUUCACUGAUUCUUCACAUUAUAAAAAGAUACAAAUAUAAAUAGCUAGAUUAUAUUUCAAUUUUUUUUUGGAACUUAUGCAAUGAUAUAUAAUCGCUGUAAUCUACAACAAAAUAUUAAAUACAAAAAUAUUUGUAUUGAACUAUUCAUAGCAUAUUGAAAGUACUUACACAUUUACAUCAAGGAACGUAACAUAUAAAAAUAAUAUGUACAUUCUUUUAUAACACAGCAAAAUAUAUAAAUCGUUAGCUCUUAUCUAAUUAGAUUUGUGCUUUCUACUUUUUCCGAAGAUGAACCAAUUUUAUUCUAUGCGUUAUUUGAAGAACAACAACGAUUUUUUUAAUAGGAAAGAAAUACAAUAAAAACAAUUAGAUCAGAAGAAAUUGCAAAGCGUAUAAAAAUAUAAUUGUCUUUAAAAAAUAUUAUAAAAAAGUGAAAAAUUCGACAUUAUAUAACAUGCUUUUUAUAUUUGCAUCUUGCAAAGAGACAAUUAGGGAAUCGUGUAUGAAUUAUGUACAUUUUCCAUUAAAUUUCAGUGCAACAUAUCGAUAAAAAUAUCAGUAGAACAAUAUACAUGUAUGUAUAUACAUAUUAAAUCUAAUUAGUAGAUCUCUGUUUUGGAGUUCUUAAAGUGUACUAAUAUCACUAUGUAACAGAACAAGUAUCUGUGUACACAAUGUACAUAUCUUGCAAUACAGUGUACUGUACAUGACUCGUAUAUAAAUGUUUGCAUUUAUGUCAUAAAAUAAAACAUGUAUAGUAAUCAUUGAGGGAAAUAUAAAAGCAAAUAUUGAUAAAAAUCAGAUCUCAUACAGUCUCACAACACGAUUCCAUAUGGCAAGAAUUCAUUUUCUUCUCCUCAUUUGGAGUAA